AUGUGUUGCAACUACGGCAACUCCUGUGGCUAUGGCUGCAGCUAUGGCACUGGCUGUGGCUGUGGCCCCUAUUAUGGCUGUGGUUACGGAACAGGCUAUGGCUGUGGCUAUGGCAGUGGUUAUGGCUGUGGCUAUGGAACAGGCUAUGGUUGUGGCUAUGGCUCCUGCUGUGGCUAUGGCACCGGAUAUGGCUGUGGCUAUGGCUAUGGCUCUGGCUGCUGUAGCUACAGACCAUUUUGCUACAGAAGAUGUUAUUCUUCUUGCUGUUAG